CAAGCAUAGUAAACUGGGCUGAGCAGUUUGUUUGCAGUCGUUAUAAUUUUUUACUGUCGGCUUUAUUUUGUUGUUCCAUCGUUUCUGCUCUUUAUGUUCUACUUUUAAGUUAAAAUCUCUAUAAAAUGAAAUAUUUAAUAUUGUUCUUGACGUUUAUAUCGUUUUUAAGUCAUAGUUUAGCACUAUGGUGCUAUCAAUGCACGGCAGCUACGCCUGGGUGUAUGGAACCAUUCAACUGGCGCGGUGUAGGUUACCUCGGUAACCCAUGUCCUGAUAAUGAAGAUAUAUGUGUCAAGCUCAUCGAACGGAAAGGAGCACAAGAAGUAAUAACAAGGGAUUGCCUGAGCAACUUCAGAGCUUUUCGAACAGACAUUCCUGCUGACACAUAUGAAGGUUGCAGACCAGCAGCCCGGGAUGUAAAUCUGGCAAACUAUGUGAAUAACAGCAUAAAGGAACUUGAUAUUAAAAGGGACUGGUAUGAUGAAACAAUAUGGUGUUUCUGUUUCCUUGACCACAGAUGUAAUGGGGCAUCAAGUAUGACAACAAUGGCGUUGCUAAUCCCAUCAUGCAUUGUGUUUCUAUUCGCUAAAAUGCUGUUCUGAUAUACAGACUACAAACAUCACACAUUGAUGUUACACCAAAAAGUUUUGUAUGGUAGGUAAACAGAAAUGAAACCUCUAUGAAGUUUUUAUGACAGUUUAAAAGCAAUAAUCGUUAAACGGGGAACCUGAAUAGAAUUCGAGGGAUGAAUAGAUACAGAAGAGGGAAUAUAUUCUAACGUCUAUUCACCACAUUCUUGUGUUUAUUCAUGCUUUGAAUUCUAUUCACCCCGUUUUACGAAAUUAAGAAUGUAAAAAGGAAUCUCAUGCAAUAAAACACUUUUCCUUUUAGAUGUAUUCUGGUAAAUACACUAAUAAGAAAUGCACAAGUGACCUUAUUAUGAAACAAAAAGUAAAGAAGACAGCUUUAUUAAGAACUGUAAUAACUAUGUAAUAGUUAAGUCCUUGUAGGUAGCUAUCAAGCUAAAGUAUGUGUACAUAUUUUUAACAAAGAAAGAUUUCAAGUGCAAAAUAUUAUGAACAAGUCAAUCUUGUAAUAUUAUAAAUAUUUUAUGAAUAUGUUGCAAUAACUAUGCAAUUGCUGGCAUAAUGUCAUCGUUAUAUACAUUUUAUUUUUGUAUUUGAGUGAAUUAAUUCUUCCGAUUUUUUUAAGAUUUACAUUUUUAUGAAAAUGAAUUGAAUAUAUUUUUUAUGUGGUGUCUUCUGGUUCAAGUUAUUGCUCUGUAGAAAUAUUAUGUUUUUACAUACAAAAUAUGUAAAUAAUGUACCACUAACUGCAACACUUAGAGUAAUUUAAUGUUUACUUAAACUAUUCCUUAGUAACGAUUUUGUAAUGAAAACAAUUGCUAAGGCCUGGGUUAAGUAAUCCUCAAAUAACUCUGAGUACGGCAUUAUAUCUAUUAUAAAUAAUUAAUUAGUAAGAUUGAAUCUAUUUUGCACAUUUUUACAUGACAUUUUUAUUAGUUGAGAACAUUCCAGUAUGUAUUAUACAGUAUUUUAACAAAUCCGUCCAGUUAAUAUUGUUUUCAUAGAUACUAGGCUUUUAGUUAAGAUUUAAGUGCCUCAUUGAACUUUGUUCUUUAAGACUGUAGUUUUCUACGCAAUAUUUUAUAUUUUUUAACGCAAUUUAUACGCUUUAUAGAAGUAUUUUCUAUAUACGCUAGUAAAUCACAGAUGACAAUGUUUUAUUACAAUCUAGAAAGUGAAAUAAAUGGUUUUAAAUACAAA